UUAACCGAUUUGCACCUCUCUUUCUCUCUUCAAUCUCCUUCUUUCUGUCUCUCUCAGCCUCAAAACCGCUAUCUUUCGCUCUCUGCAACCCAUCAUCCCUCUACAUGUCCUCUUCCUAGCUUUAGCCUGUCACACCAUCAAACUCUCUCCAUAAUACUCUUUCAAUCUCUCUUAAAGGGAUGUCUCUUGUUUAGUUCCUUCGCAUUUUACACAUGGCCUUCCCUCCUCGGCAUAGUUUCAUCUUCCAAUCCCAUGAAGACUCUCUGGACCAUCUCCCUUCUCCGGCCUCCCUCAGCUCCCUCCCCUCUUGCCCUCCUCAAUUCUUCCAUGGUGCACCGUUUAUGAUUAAGAGAUCGAUGUCGUUUUCGGGAGUUGACAAGUGUGAAGAUGUGCAUGGAGAUGAAGACUUGUCUGAUGAUGGAUCCCAAAUGGGGGAGAGGAAGAAGAGGCUCAACUCUGAGCAAGUUAAGGCACUUGAGAAAAGCUUUGAGCAGGGGAACAAGCUUGAGCCUGAGAGGAAAAUGCAGUUGGCUAGGGCUUUAGGCCUGCAACCAAGACAGAUAGCCAUCUGGUUUCAAAACAGGAGGGCUAGAUGGAAGACUAAACAGUUGGAGAAAGAUUAUGAAGUUUUGAAGAAACAGUUUGAAGCUCUCAAGGCUGAUAAUGAUGCCCUUCAAUCUCAGAACAAAAAGCUUCAUGCGGAGUUACUUUCCCUGAAAAAGAAAGAUCCAAAUGAAGUUAAUCUGAAGAAAGAAACUGAAGGGUCAUGGAGCAAUGGCAGUGACAACAAUAGUUCAGAUGCCAACUUAGAUAUCUCAAGAGCAGCAGCAAUAACCAGCCCAGUGUCUUCUCAUUUAAGCAGCAAGCAGCUCUUUCCCUCAUCAAUUAGGCCAAUAACCAUGACUCAACCUCUCCAUCAUCAAGGAUCAGCAAGGCCAGACCUUCAGUGCCCAAAAAUGGAUCAAAUGGUUCAAGAGGAAAGUUUCUGCAACAUGUUCAAUGGUAUUGAAGAGCAGCAAGGGUUCUGGCAGUGGCCUGAGCAACAAAAUUUUCGUUGAAACCCACUUCUGUCAUGUCAUCUCCCAUAAAAAAGGAAAAUCAAUACACAACAACCAUUACUUGAUGAUUCAGCUAUGGAUUUCAGUUCAAAUAUGGGUAAUAUAUUAUAAAUGGUGUAUAGAACUGAACAUAUUGUGCUGAAAAUGAGUAUGGGGGAUAGGUUGGCUAUGAAUAAUACACUUUCCCUUCUCCCAUACAUUGAUGAAUUGUGACACAUUUGCUAGGUUGGAUCAUAGUAUAAAAUUUUUAUUUUAUUUUA